AUGUUGUAUCUGGAGACUCAAAAAUUUGGAAGCUCCUACAAUCGGCUUAUCAGCCAUGAUCUGCAAGAGAUAGCAGGAAACAAUACUGGAAUUUCCACGAUUUCGCAGCAAGUUGACCAGUUUCUGGAUUCUGAUGAACGACAGUGGAAACAGCAUGCUGAAGAGGAUGGACCUAUUUUUCUGAUUCUUGGCAGUAAUGAAAGAAUUGACGCAUUCUGCGCCGCAAGUAAAGAUAGUAUGGUUGUCGAAUGGGCUAAGAAGUUCCAUGCCGCUAUCUAUUGCCUCGAACAUCGAUUCUACGGUGAAAGUCAACCAUUAUCCUCGAAGACUGGCGAAACAGCUUCUGUUCAACAGCUGAUUUAUCUUACAAGCCAACAGGCUGUUGAAGAUGCAGCAAAGUUUAUCCAACUAAUCAAUAAAAGCUAUCAAAAUUAUCAGCGGAAUCCACGCUUGGUGCUUUUUGGAGGCUUUUACGGAGAAGCACCAGAUUGUUGCGAUGACAGUUUUGACAUUCAUGGUGGUCUCUACGUUUCAUGA